GUGAUAUUGAUCGUCGCAUGAACGACCUUGCAGCUGCGGAGUUAUAUGAACAGAUAUUACUUGGUUGUGUGCGAGCCGGGAUGAAUCCCAAUGAUAAGAGUGAUGCGGAAGAAUACGAAGGGUAUAUUGCACCAAUUUACGACCCUUUGCAUGCUGCUCGUGUGGCUGCAGAGAAGCGUUCGCAACUUGUGGAAAUCUACCAUGAGCGUGAGAACAUCAUUCGGACACUUCGUUCCUCACCACAGCACCAACAGCUUAGUGCUUUUGAUCGUCUUUUGGUAGAGACGGAGUACUGGACAGGUGUGAGAGAGUGGGGCGGUGACACUGAGGGCGGAAAUAAGAGUCGGCUUCGUCGCCACCACAGGGACACGACGGAUGCAGAAUCCCUGGGGUUUGAUGUGCUGCACCUCACUGAGACUCCGUCAUACAUACGAGGCAAACUAAGGCCUUAUCAAAUUGAGGGGGUGAACUGGUUGCUGGGUCUCUUUUCUUGCAACAUAAACGGCAUUCUGGCAGACGAGAUGGGCCUUGGCAAGACGCUGCAAACGAUCGCAACUUUGGCGUAUUUAAAAUUCACUUACGGUCUCCCCGGACCGCAUCUUGUCGUCUGCCCGAAGUCUGUCAUGGGCAAUUGGUACCGUGAACUCAAGCAAUGGUGUCCGGCCCUUAACGCCUUUAAGUUCCAUGGGAACAGUGAGAUUCGUCCACAGCUCAUAAAGUCACAUCUUCAGCCGCACGACAAGUUGAAGUACGACAUAAUUGUGACCACAUUCGAGAUGGUAAUUGAGGAGUUACCAACGUUUAAGCGCAUCCAUUGGCAGUAUUUGGUUGUGGAUGAGGCCCACAAACUCAAAAAUGAGGAAGGUCGCGUCCACACCGCAUUGGAUUCCCUUAACACGAAUCAUCGUCUUAUUAUUACCGGAACUCCACUGCAGAACAAUCUCAAGGAAUUAUGGGCCUUGCUGCACUUUCUCGCACCUCGCCUUUUUGAAAAUGCUGAAUCCUUUGAGGCGUGGUUUGACACUGCGAGUGGGCAGCAGGAUAGUAAUGCCAUGUCCAACAUGCACAAGAUACUUGCCCCUCUUAUGAUUCGUCGCAUAAAAUCGGAAGUCAGUACCGGUAUUCCACCAAAAAAGGAAAUUUAUGUCGCCUGCAAGUUGACCAAAACGCAGCGGAAGUGGUACAUGCAUGUAUUGGCGAAGGAUGCGGAGGCACUGAACAAGGCUUCUGGAGGUAGCAUGUCUUCUCUUACGAAUAUCAUGAUGAACUUGCGCAAAGUCAUUAACCACCCGUAUAUGAUGGAUGGUGGCGAGGAAGGACCACCGUUUAUCACAGAUGAGCGCAUCGUGAAACACAGUGGGAAAAUGAUGAUUCUUGAUAAAUUAUUGUAUCGCCUCAGAAGAGAAAAGGAAGAGAAACACAAGGUUCUCAUUUUCUCACAAUUUACUACCAUGCUGGACAUUUUGGAGGAUUACUGUGGAAUGCGCGGAUUUAGGGUGUGCCGUAUCGACGGCAACACGAGUGGAUACGAUCGCGACGCCCAAAUGGCAGCUUUCAACUCACCCAACAGUGAUUAUUUCAUUUUCCUACUCUCCACUAGAGCGGGAGGUCUCGGCAUCAAUCUACAGGCAGCAAACCACGUUGUUAUCUAUGAUUCUGACUGGAAUCCACAGAUGGAUCUACAGGCACAGGAUCGGGCUCAUCGAAUCGGGCAGAAACGGGUUGUACGGGUCUACCGUUUUAUAACAGAGGGUACGGUGGAGGAAAAGAUUUACCGCCGCGCACUAAAGAAACUCUACCUUGACGCAAUGGUGGUGCAGCAUGGGCGUAUGCAGGGACGUGGUGGAAACAAUGUCUCCAAAGAGGAGCUUCUUUCUAUGAUCAAGUUUGGUGCGGAAGAGAUCUUUAAGACCAAGGAUGAAGACAUCACGGAGGCUGAUAUUGAUCAACUCUUUGAUGGGGAGGAGAAGUCGAAGCAACUUACAUCUGCUAUUAAGGAACAGAUCCAAAUGUCAUUGGCAAGUUUCCAACUUGGUGCAGAAGAGGCAAACGUUUAUGACUUUGAAGGCGUCAGGUUUAAGGACGGCGUCGAGUCGCGUAUGCUGCACCUCUCACUUACAACUCCUGUUUCGCAGGAUGAACUGCAGCGGCAGUGUUCUGAGCACGGUGAAGUAACAAAAGUUGUCUUGCAUCCAAGCCUUUCUGAAGCCCUUGUGUUUUUUCGUUCCACAAGUGGUGCAAUUGAGGCCAGGGAUAAUCUACCGUACAAGUGCCAAUUCGCUGCGAAGGACUCACAAAUGGUUGUACCCACGGAAAUGAUCACGGAAUAUUUAAGCCUUGGUGAGAAACUCGGGCGCGGUCACCGUGUGCGGGAGGCACUCCACCAUUAUACACAAGAAGACGUCGAGCGUAUACAGAGUUCUGUCACAAAAGCCCCUCCUUUACGCCUUCCAAAGUGCCCCAAGUUCCCACCGCAUCAACUUUACAAUGUCAAGCGGUUAAGGGAGCUUCACGCAACGGAGGUUGCUUUGAUGGUGCAGAAUUGGAAACGAAAAUAUGAACCGUCGGACGGUGUAGAUGGAGACCAGCAAAAACAACAGGUGGGGGUGGAAGGAGAGGCCACGGAUCGUAACGUGGGGAACGAAGAUUUGGUGGAGGACGAGACGUUGACGCUCGUGGAACAGGAGGAACGAGAGCGGCUUCUUAAUGAGGGGUUCGCCAGUUGGAGCUUUCAAGAGUACCGUCGACUUGUUGCGGCACUCACCAGUGGUGCGUAUGAUGUCACUGAUUACCCAAGAAUUGCGAAUGCCGUUGGCUCUGAUAAGACAGUGGGGGAGGUACGUGAUUAUGUGACGGCUCUCCUUGAGCGUGGAAUGCAGUGUAUUACAGGAUUCGCACACAUUGAACAACGUAUCAGGAAGUCCCAGGAAAAGCGGAAGAGGAGGGAUGAUGAACUGCGCGCCGCCACGUGGAAGGUUGAGAGUUAUGACCAUCCGGAGUCACAACUCACCUUCAGAGGACGCGGAACUAAUGAAUUUGAUCGUCGACUUUUCCUCAUGGCAUACGACACGGGAUUCCGAAUGAAGAAUAUUGGAAGAGUCGUCAAGGAAAUGCCAGAGUACCGGUUUGACGUGUGGUGCCAAUCAAGAAGUGACGAUUACUUUGAACGUCGGGUGGGGACUCUGAUGAAGGCGGUGAAGAGAGAGUGUGAGAAACCAAACGGCAAUACAAUGGAACCGGCACUGCGGCGCCCGAAACUGGAUUCACUUACGACCGAUUGA